AUGCUCAGGAUGCCCAACUGCCUGCUAAAACUGACCAGGGUGGUGCUGAGCCACAAGCUCAGGGCUCUGUUUAUCCUCACCUUUAAGUUCAUGUCCUUUGCCUCCAUCAUGUUGUACUGGAGAAUCACAGAGGACCCUAAGGGCAGGGGCCAGGUCUACAGCUUGCCUGUUGAAAUCCGCUGUGCUCACUCUGUGCCUUCUUCUCCCCGCGCCAUUGCUGGUGGGCCCCCUCCUCCACCAGGGGAUGUGUUUUUUGUGGAGACCUCGGAGCGAACUAACCCAAGUUACCUGUUCACGUGCUCUGUGGAGUCAGCGGCCCGGACACACCCCGGGACAAGGGUCGUGGUGCUCAUGAAAGGCUUGGCGAACGGUAACGCCUCAUUACCCAACCACUGGGCAUUCUCGAUGCUGAGCUGCUUCCCCAACGUGGAAAUCCAGCCCCUGGACUUGCCGGAGCUUUUCUCUGGAACACCUCUGGCAAAGUGGUACUUGCAGGCUCAGCGGCGCUGGGAGCCUUAUUUCUUACCCGUCCUGUCUGAUGCCUGCAGAAUUGCCAUCAUGUGGAAAUUUGGUGGCAUCUACCUGGACACAGACUUCAUAGUGCUUAGGAACUUGAAGAACCUCACCAAUGUGCUUGGUACCCAGUCCAAGUAUGUACUGAACGGGGCCUUUCUGUCCUUUAAGCCCAAACACAAGUUCAUGGAGCUUUGCAUGCAGGACUUUGUGGAAAACUACAACAGCUGGAUUUGGGGGCACCAGGGUCCACAGCUCCUAACGCGUGUCUUCAAGAAGUGGUGCUCCAUCAGGAGUCUUCGGAGCAGUACGAGCUGCAAAGGAGUGAGUGCUCUGCCCCGUGAGGCUUUUUAUCCCAUUCGGUGGCAGGACUGGAAGAAAUACUUUGAAGUGGUCAGCUCCUCAGAGCUUCACAAGCUCCUUAAGAACACCUACGCGGUGCAUGUAUGGAACAAACUGAGCCAAGGGACAAGGCUGGAGGUCACAUCCCAGGCUUUGCUGGCUCAGCUGCAUUCUAACUUCUGCCCUGCAACGUACAAUAUCAUGAAGAAGGACUCUGAACGGCAGUGAGU